UUAAAUUAACCCCUUAUCCUUCAGAUAACCAUUUCAUGAUAAAUCUACUCUUAGAUUGACCUCCUGUUUUUUUCUUGUGUAGCGCAAAUGUCUUGAUUGCUGCAUUCAGCUGCAUCUGUGUUUCUUGGUCACUUUAUCUACUAAUGGACGACUUUAAUGGACCUUCGUUCAUUUUUCCUGUUUUAGUAAUUACGCGGCAGGUGGCGCUGGAGGAAUCGAUAACAAAAUCGAACAAGCAAUGGAUUUGGUCAAAAGUCAUCUUAUGUUCGCUGUCAGAGAAGAGGUGGACGUCUUGCGGGAAAAGAUCACCGAACUGAACGAACGUAAUGAACAACUAACGCAAGAGAUUCAGCUGCUAAGGUCUCUAUUAACGCCCGAGCAGGCAACGACGUUUGCGCAGCUUUUGCAGCAGCAACCGCAUGGGAAAGCAGGUGCAGGAGGCGUGGGUGGUGGAUCAGGACGACCAGGCCACGCGCCGCCGACAUCGCUACCAGCCGCGACUGGUAGUGGAGUCCCGCGUACAGCUCCAUCGUUAGCGGCGUUCGGUGUUCCCGCCGGAACAGCUAGUCGACCAACGGCGGCCUCCGCCGCCGCUGCUUCCACUGGUGCCCUGCCCGGGACGCCGGGCACGCCCCAGCAGAGUGCGGCGGCGAUCGGAAAGGCAUCGCAUCCCGCCAUCGUUGCAGCAGCUACGGCCGCUGCAGUUGCUGCAUCCCCAUCGAGUCCGGGCACCGCGCCGGUUUCAAGUUUACCUACUAGUUUACCCAGUGGAGUGAGCGGCAAUCUGCCUCCGACGACGACCUCAUCCGCGACGCAUAAUAGCCAACAGCAGCAACAAUCAGCGACAACGACAACAACAAUAACUCAGACGUCUGCAACGACAAUAGCCACGAGUAGCUCUGGUGCGCUAGCCAGUUCUGCGAACGCGAUUGGCGGUAGCAGUAGCGUGUUAACCCACCAGGGUGGGCCACCGUCAAAAGAAAGCACACCUCCCGGGGGUGGGGUGCCACCUCCGUCUACACCAGCGCCGCCCACCAGCCGGCUUCGGAAAGACGCUACACGGUGGAUUAUGUGAUUGGACGACGACGACGACGACGACGACGACGACGACGACGACGACGACGACGACGACGACGACGACGACGACGACGAC